AUGGGCAUACCGGACUUCAAGCUGGAGAAGACGGUGGUGCAGCGGCGUGUCGAUCAGAUGACGGCGGAAGGCGUUACCUUCAAGACUGGCGUCAAUGUGGGCGUUGACCUGACCGGCGAUGAGCUUAUGGGUGAGUUCGACGCGGUGGUUCUGACGGGCGGCUGUACGAUACCGCGCGAUUUGCCCGUGCCCGGACGCGAAUUAGACGGCGUUCACUUCGCAAUGGAUUUCCUGACGCAGCAGAACCGCCUCAACGCAGGCGAGCAUAUCCCGGAUGCAGAGCGCAUCAGCGCCGAGGGCAAGCGCGUUGUCAUACUAGGCGGCGGCGAUACCGGCUCCGACUGCCUGGGCACUUCGCAUCGCCAGGGCGCGGAGAUUGUCUAUCAGUGUGAGUUGCUGUCCGAGCCGCCGACCGAUCGCAGCGAAAACAACCCGUGGCCUCUGUGGCCGAUGAUCCUGCGGACUUCGUCAUCGCAGGAAGAGGGCGGAGUGCGCGACUACGAUGUGCUGACGACGCACUUCUCAGGGCGCAACGGCAGCGUGGAAAAAUUGCAUGCUGUGCGCGUGAACUGGGGUGCGCCGGACGCCUCAGGCAGACCUAGCCUGGAGCGCCUAGAGGGCAGCGAGUUCGAAUUGACACCGAUCUCGUACUGCUGGCGAUGGGCUUUGUGCAUCCGCAGAGGGAAGGGCUUCUGGAGCAGCUUGGCGUCGCGCUGGAUGGGCGCGGCAAUGUGCAGACGGACCAGGACAAGAUGA